AUGGUCCGUUCGAGUAAUGUCAGCGGUGGAGACGGUGGUGACGCCAACUCCAACAUAUUUAACCCGAAGAAGAAAUCAUUUGUAUCAACAACCAUUGCAUUAAUGAUCAGCUUCGCCACAUUUAACAUCCGUGGGCUCGGUGUUCAGCAAGAUGAUAGCCUACAUAGUAAACGUGAGUUACUAGGAUUAGACUGUGAAAAGUACAAUGUCGACAUCUGCGCUCUGCAGGAAACUAAAGUCACCGAAUCAGACAGCUUUGUUUUGCGCAACGGUUUUAACUUGUUUCUGUUCGAGCAGUUGGACAGUCGCCAUGGAGGCUUGGGUUUUAUAAUCAGUCCUCGCAUGAUGAACUAUGUGGUUUGCUGGAAGUACAUCAGUGACCGGGGUUUUGGUAGAUAUAUGGGGAAAUACGGAAUGGGAGUAAGGAACGAAAAUGGUUCUAGAUUACUGGAUUUUAUCUCAGAACAUAAUCUGUUUGCUGUGAACACUAGUUUUAUACAACCUAGCAGACGUGCUACAUCAUUUACUGAUCAUAGACUUGUCAUUGCUCGCAUCAAUUUCAGCAACAUUCAUCUUUGUUUCAAACCUAAACAACGUCGUGUUCCUUCUUAUAAUAUAUCAGAACUUGUAAGCAACAAAGAUAUGCAACAUAAAUAUCACUUGGCCCUUGAAGGCAAGUUCUCAAAUUUUGUGACCAGCAACGAUCCAAAUGCCGACCUUCAAAAUCUUAUGUCUCAUAUUCGUGAUGCUGCCAAUGUUUCCAUCGGCCCAAAACCUAAAGCUCGCUUGAAACAUCACAGCAGUGAUGACACUCUCAAAGAGCUUGUUGAAAAGCGUCACGAUCUCCGACAGCUACUUAACAAUAAUCAAUCUCUUGAUCGAACUACAUUGAGGUCAUCCAUCAACCACCUCACUAAUAGUAUCCAGAAAAGAUUAGUUGAAGUGAGGUCUGCUCAAGCUGAUCAGACCUAUAGUGAUAUUACUAACACAAACGAUUCAAGGAAAAUGUUUGAAGCAGUAAGACAUCUUCAGAAAAGUAAACCACCUAAUAACUCGAUUGGUGUUCAUGAUGAAAAUGGCUGUUUGAUUGCAUCUGACGACAUGAAAGCUUCUGUUGUUAGAGACUAUCUCGAAAAACAGCUGACUCGCAAUGAGCAACCUCUCGAGCCUUUUGAGGGUCUACCACGUGCUCUCAAUGUCCCUUUUACUGGAGUUGAAAUACAUGCAGCCACCUCUAGCUUGAAAAAUGGGAGGGCAAAUGGUCCCGAUGGAAUACCCAACGAGCUAAUUAAGUACUCUAAUAGUACAGUCCAUGAACAUUAUGCUGGAAUCAUCAACAGUUGUUUCGAGACACAUACUUUCCCCAUUUCCAUUGGAGAGGCUACUAUAACACCCUUACAGAAGCCAAAAAAACCUAUUGGUCCACUGAAGAAUUUACGUCCACUCACCUUGUCCAAUGCAGCCAGAAAAAUUCUGUCUAUGGCUACUCUUAAAAGGAUAGAAGAAAAAGUGAACGCUUUCACUGGUCCAUGGCAGUGUGCAUAUAAACGCGCUCGUUCUUGUGCUGAUAUUGUUUGGUGUCAGCGAGUUCUACUGUCAGUUGUCCAAAGGAAGAAAUGGGAGUAUCAUCGCAUGGGCAUUGAUAUGUCUAGUGCGUUUGACACGAUCAAACGCACUACGAUUCUUGAACUCCUGAAACUGUGUGGCUGUACUGAGGAUGAGCUGAGGAUUGUCCGGUUGUUGUUGUCCAACACAAAGCUACGGGUGAAGGUAAAUGGAGUUCUUUCAGCUGAGUUUUUAAGUCUCCUUGGAGCUUUCCAAGGUGACUGUCUAUCCGGCUGUCUGUUCACCCUUGUCUUGGCUGGUGCUUUGAAUGAACUUAGAUGGACUAUAACAAUCAGUUUAGAUAGGCCGAUCCCCCCGAUUACUAUUGCUGGCCUUCCACUUGACACUGAAUACGCUGAUGAUGUUGACUUCAAUGAUGAAGAGGAAGACAACUUGAGAGCUAUUUUGCCCCAGGCAACAGCUAUACUCGAGAAAUGGAACCUCUUUGUCAAUGAAGACAAAACGGACUUCACUCAUGUUUAUUUAGCUAGUACGGGUGAAGUCGACAGUGAUGGAAAAUUAGUGUCGGGGAAUGAAGCAUGGAGGAAAAGUAUCACUCUAGGAACACCAGAGCUAGUGAGUAGUGGGUCCGAGGCUGAUACUCGUGGUCAGCACCCCCGGGGUCGGUAA